AUGAAUCAAAAUGCCGAUCGUAAAUAUAUCUACUCAAAAUUGCCACCUGGCGCCAUCAGCAGAUCAACAGUAAUCGUUCUCGCCACAGGAAUCGCUGGAUACUCUGCCCUAGAACUAUUAUAUGGAUCAGAAACAUUCUACAAGAAGGCUGUAAUGCCAAUGGUUCAUAAAUUCGUUGAUGGAGAAGAAUCACAUAAAUGGGCGGUUCGAGCCGCUUCGUGGGGACUUCUUCCACGUUUCGGAUGGAAUCGAAAAGAAUAUCCAGAACUGAAAUGUGAAUUAUUCGGAAGAGAGUUCAAGAACCCCAUCGGUCUUGCUGCUGGAUUUGAUAAAGAUGGACAGGCAAUCACACAGCUCGCUAAGAAUUCAGGAUUUGGUCUGAUCGAAAUCGGAUCGGUCACUCCGAUACCUCAACCUGGAAAUAAUCGGCCAAGAGUGUUUCGAUUACUGGAAGACGAAGGAGUAAUUAAUCGAUAUGGAUUCAAUAGUGACGGAGUUGGAAGAGUACAUCAAAGAGUUCGAAGUGCAAGAGAUUCGUGGGUUCCAGAAGAAUACGCAUAUUUCGGAGUGAAUUUGGGAAAGAAUAAGAUGACAGAAGAUGCAAAGUUAGAUUACGAAAUUGGAGUGAACUAUUUUGCUCCACAUUGCGACUAUCUCGUUCUCAAUGUCUCAUCUCCGAAUACUCCAGGACUCCGAAGCAUGCAGAAGAAGGGUGACCUCGAGAAGCUGUUAGCAUACGUCAGAGAUGCUCUGAAUAUGCACAAACUGGAGAAGAGGCCACAAGUAUUUCUGAAGAUUGCCCCGGAUCUUAUUGAGUCUGAAAUGAAAGAUAUUGCUCAAGUGGUAACGAAUAAAAAGUACGGAGUCGAUGGAAUCAUUGUGUCAAAUACUACAAUUGCACGACCAGACUACUUGAGAUCUGAGAAUAAAGCUGAAACUGGAGGAUUGAGUGGAGCACCGGUUAGAGAGAUCAGUACGGAAUGUGUCAGGAAAAUGUACAAACUUACCAAUGGUCAGAUUCCAAUCAUCGGAUGUGGCGGAGUGUUCAGCGGCGAAGAUGCGUAUGAGAAGAUUCGCGCCGGAGCCAGUCUCGUUCAAUUAUAUUCUGCAUUUGUCUACGAAGGAUUUCCAGUAAUUGGAAAAAUCAAACGUGAACUGGCAGAACUUUUGAAACGAGACGGAUACACACAUAUAUCGGAAGCAGUUGGAGCUGAUCACCGGCAGAAAUAG